AGUUUGGGAUUGCAGGUAAGGACCAUCCUAACUUGUGUCUCCGUAGAUGAUGGCACAUAGUUCAGAGAGAUGAAAAACAUUCUUGGUUUGAGGCCAGACCACACUCAGCUGUGAGAUUGGAGAUAAGAUUAGUCUCCUGACAAGGCCAAGGUGAAGAGUGGGGAGAGUCAUCCGAAGGCAGUUGUGCUGUUACCCAGGUGUCUGAGUCAUUGGUUCAAACUCCACAUCCUGAGUCUCAGCCUUCACAGGCUGUUAAGCUGAUUCCAGGUGCCUGACUUAGUCCUCGUCCAGAGCCGGAUCUUUCUCUGGUGGGUCCUCAGCGAAGACCACUGUCAAGCAGGAACAGUGACCAGCAUGACCACCACGGGAAACGAGUUCACUUCGUUGCGGAACUUAGACGUUGGCGUCUGGACCGGAAGGGGCUGCUGCCUCCGCUUGCUGCAGGUACUGUCCACCUGCAUUGCAUUCUCACUAGUGGCCAGCAUGGGCACUUGGAGGGGCGACAUAGGUAACUUCUCUUUGUUCAUCUGGUGCUUCUGCUUUGCUGUGACCCUCAUCAUCAUCAUAGUUGAGUGGUUUGAUCUCCAGCGCCGGUUCCCUUUCUUCUGGUACAACAUUCCCAUCACCUUCGCCUGCUAUUUUGCCCUCCUCUGCCUCUCGGCCUCCAUCACCUACACAACCACCUUCGUCCAGUUCUUGCCUCUCAGCCCCAACCGAGACCGUGCCAUCACCGCCAUCACAUUCUCCUGCAUCGCUUGUGUGCUUUAUGGCAUGGAAGUGGCCUGGAUCUGGGACUGGUAUGAGCUCGGCAGCAACCCCUGCUAUGUGCACACUAUACCCGGCCUGCUGAAGGUGCUGGAGACCCUCGUGGCCUGUGUCAUCUUCGGCUUCAUCAGCAACACCAACCUGUACCUGCACCAGCCGGCCUUGGUGUGGUGCGUGGCCGUCUACUCCAUCUGCUUCAUCCAGGCAGCUGUGGCCAUCCUGCUGAAACUGUUCAAAUUGAAAUACACACUGCCCAUCCCAUUCCCCAUUUUCCAGGUGGGGCUGACCCUGCUCUCCGUCAUCUUCUACUCCAGUGCUGUGGUUCUCUGGCCUCUCUACCAGUUUGAUGAGAAGUUGGGUGGCCAGGCCCAGCGGUCCAGCGAUGGGAGCUGCAGAGAUGAUCUCACAUACUACGUGUGCGCCUGGGACCAACGACUGGCUGUGGCCAUUUUGACAGCCAUCAACCUGCUGGCUUACAUGGCUGACCUGGUGUACUGGACUCGCCAGGUUUUUGUCAAGGACUGAGGGUCUGCCGAGGGUCUCCCAAUUCCCUUUUCAAAUAGAGUUCUGAUGUCCUUUGCUGCCCUCUUACUGGACCCCUGACUCCCUUCCUCAUUCAUCUCACUCUUCUCUGUUUCCUUCCCUCCUCUGCUCUGUCUCCCUUUCUGUUUUCCUUGGGUGCCCACAUCCUGUUUUGCCUCUUUCUCUUUCCACUCUCUUCUUUUCUACUUUUUCUGCUUUUUGCUCUUUCAGACAUUCUUUGCUUUCUCAUCUGCUUGUGUCCUGACCACCUCGUCCCAUUUUUCUUCUUCUGAUCAUUCAGAAGUCUGAGACUUCUUCCUUCUCUGCCCACUGCCCCCUCCCUGCUCCUAAGGUGCUGAACUCCACAUCACACAGCCCUCUCUGCAGAUGCUCAUACUCUGGGCCUCUGGAGGGGCCUCACUGCCAGAGCAAGCCUGUCCCCUGGCUGUGCCUUAGUUGGUGUAUGUGUGGCGGUUUUGGGGAUUGUGGGUGGGUAGCUAGGGACUGGGACUGCUUUUUCCUAGUGGAGUAGGAUGUACUGUGCACAUCGCUUUAAGUUAGACAAAAAUCUCUGGAGAUCAAUAAUUUCCAGUAGGCGGGAGGCUGAAAGCAGAGACCCUGGGUCCUGAGGCCCCACCUGGUGCUCAGCCCCACCAAGACUGGCUCCAGAACUUUUGCAGACUCAAUAAAGCCCACUGCCUAGAGGCCACCUUAGAGGAAGCACGGGGUGGAUGCCUUCCAGCCCAACUACUCUCUGGAGAAUCAAAAAAGGAGCUGGCGAAGAACCACAUAUUCUUGAAGACAACUGUCUGAAGUGUUUGUGGGGGGCAGCGAUGUGGCCCUCCUGCCUCAGUGUCCAAAGUAACAUGUCCUGCCUUUGCAGGGACAAGAACAUGGCCACUGCCAGCCUUAAAGGUCAUGUUAGCCUGGGGUUCUUUCCUUUUCUUGUUUCUGGUCAGGGCAUCAGAAAUUGCUGCGUGGUCCUAUUCUUAACGAAGUUUCCUUUCAAAUUUUUCCGGGGCUGUGUGCUGUUGGGUAAGAAUUGCCGCUGCCACAGUAUAAGAAACUGCAUUGCUUGACUGUGCGGUGCGCACACACGCGCUCCUGCAUGGCAGUUCCCUUUUGCUGCAGCUUCCUGCCUCUCUGGGACUCACACAUAAUGUGAUCUAUUUAAGUCUACAUAUAUGUAUAAAAAAUGUCGCCCCAAGCCUUCUUGCUGUCUUGCUGUCAGCCACAAAGGCUCAGAGCCCGGCAUCCUCUGUGUCACCAGGGCCAGAGGGGCCAGGCAAGCAGAGCUGUGGGGGAGGGGCAGGGAAGGCCCCGCACUGCUGCCACUCAUUCCUGUCCUGGGAUGAAGCGUCUGUUCUUCACCCAGUGUCAGACUGGGUGGAUGGGGAGGGUUCCCAGAAGAUGGUCCCCAUGGCAGGAAAACCUUAAGAAAUAGUUUAAUAAAAUUCUCGUUUUAAGGUAAGACAAGAAAAAUUUAAACAAAACUUUUCUCUGCCUGUGUAGGCCUCCUCCCUCCCCUCUAGUGUGCAUUGUGCAUCUGAAUUAUUUUUAACCAGCCCUCCCCAAGGGCAGAAAUGCCUGCUCUUCCAUAAAGAUCAGUUUUUCUUCUGGUUCUAGUCAUGCUACUCCUUAGAAAAUACCACUGCUUGCUUGUGACCUGAUUGAUGUCACCAGCUACAUGACUUGUAUUCUGCUCAUUUUACAAGAUUGUUUCUUGCGUUAACAAAUGUGUGAUAAAAAAUAAUGGAGACUAUGUGACCUGAAAUGACUGACAUGAUAAAUAGUUUCAUAAAAUUAAUGACUGUGACAGUGUGACUCUAGAUAUGGGAAGAAGCAACAAGUGGGACUCACACCCUGGACAGGACAGACUAGCAGGACAGGUGGUGCUGAGGUUUUUGCUACUGUUAACAGGGCCUAGAUGAGUAAUAGCCCUUGAGUGGCCUCUCAGGGAACCCCUUGCCUGGUUUGGGAAUGACAUUCUUAGCACCCUGGAACAAGUCGGUCAAAAAUGCCUCCCAAAUCUUAGUCUAAAUUAAGACUAAAAAGGAGAAGAUUGUGUGAUAAAGAAUGUUGCCCACCAUCCAGUCCUGCAAGAAUAAAGUCAUUAGUCACUGCAGUCACUGACCUACAAUACAUCGUGAAAGGAAUUCCCAGGGCGAAGAUCAGGAUGAGGCAUUUUGUGCUCUGGGAAAAGCGCCAGAACCAGCCCUCAGAUAGUUAGAUAUUUUAGGGAGAAAUUUUUAUGAACCCAGUUUCUUGUAUCUUCCCAUAAUCAGAAAAGCACUAAAACCAUUAACUGAGAUAACUGUUCUUCACAAAGAGCACUCAUCUUCUACCAGACUGUGUGCUUGACUACAUCUACCCCUCCCUGCAAAUCGCGUGCAUCCUGGCCUCCCCCCGUAACCUCUUUGGAACAGUUCGCAGAGCUUUCUGAAAGACUGUCUCCCAGCUUAUAAUCUUCAAGUUGGUUCGAAUUUUCCAUUUAUUUCUUGGAUUGAUUGUUGAUUAAUAUCCAUGAAUAGAAGCAAGUAUGAAUUGACCUCCUCAAGUCUGGGUGCAAGGAAUUCUUAUAUUCUUACAUUUUCCUGAAUCAAGUGGAACCCAGCCCUGAGACCUAACUUCUCAGGAGGAUGGAAAUCCUCUGUGGCUUAGUAAAAGAAUUGCCAAGGAAUAGGCUCCCCUGAGCUGCUCACUGUCUAAGCCCUCGUGGUUCAUGAGGACGGCAGCUCCAUCCCUCCUGUCUGGUGGGGGUUAAAGGUCAUUUGUCAUAAUUCCGAGGCAAGUUCCAGUCCCCUCACUUUGGAGCUCAAAAGAAAUUGUAAAAGUCCUCUGCUUAGUCCAACCCUCUUGUCAUAGAUGAGGUGCACCUGGACCCAGGGAGGUGGCAGGACUUGUCCAGAGUCACUCUGUAUGGCUGAGUCAAAGAUAGGACCCUGGUUUCUGGUCCCAGGCUGGCUAUCUUUCCACUGCCCCAAGCUGCCUGUUACAAGUGUGGCAGCAGCAUCCCCCAGGCUGAGGUUAAUGCCCCAUCCAUCCUAGUUCUGCCACAAACCUGCCAUGUGACCCCGAGGAGGUCACUCACUGCUGGUUGAGUCAGGGUCCUCAGCUACAGGAUGGGGGAGGGGGUCCCAUUGACCCCUGGUCCCCUUCCAACCCUGCCUCUUCCCAGUGCCCCUGGCUGCACCUGUCUUGGAGACAAUGACGUGGAGAUGGAAGCCGGCCUCCCUCUGCUCUGUGCUAUCUGCUUGUUUUCCCUGUUGGCUUGUACAAUAUAUAGUUUGCUAUAUUUUAUGUAAUAAAAGGGGGAGAAAUAAAAAUAAA